ACGAUGGCAGCCAGCGAGGGAUCGGCGCGCAUUCAGUUCAAGGCGCUGCGUGGAUUUCCGGCCAUCGGCGAUACCGCUGAUAAGCUGGAGACACAGGCCUUCCUCGCCGCCUCCAAGGAGAUAGUAACCGUCAUAGAGAGCUUCGGCAAACUAUUCACACCCGUGAUCAGCGACAUGAACGGAAACAUAAGCAAACUGACGAAAGCCUACGGAGCGGAUGUGGUCAAGUACCAGUAUCUGGAGGAUCUGAUCGUGCUGAACGUGAACGUGGACGACUUUGCGGCCAACGCGCUGCUCUGGCUGAAGCGCGGCCUGCAGCUCAUAUGCACCUUCUUCGAGAACAUCUACAACGAUGCCCAGGCCAAGGAGGCACUGAAGCAGCAUCUGCAGGACGCGUACGAGCGCACGCUGAAGCCCUACCACGGCUUCAUCGUCCAGAGCACAAUCAAGAUCAUCUACAGCUGGGUGCCCACGCGCAGCCAGCUGCUGGGCCAGGGUGACGCCCAGGCGGAGAACAUCGAGGUGCUGACCAGCUUUCUGCCGCGAAUGCGCGCCCAUCUGGACUCGAUCGAUGCCCUGCUUAAGGCGCACAACUUGGACGAUGCACGGAAGGUGUGAUCGUUCCUUAGCCUAGCCUAGCCUAGCUUAGCUUAAAUAGCUUAUCCUACUUUAUUAUUUAUGCCAAUGUCCAAGUAAAACGCAGAGCCUUACUUAUAAACCA